GCUACGCUGGCUGAAACGCCGCAAGUAUCAACAAUGACAGAAAAAGGAAUGAAUGAUUUGGCACAUGAAAAAAAUAAUGGUGUACAGGAAGGUUGGGUGGCAACAACAGAUUGGGUGGAGUCCUGGAAAAGUAAACUUCCUCUUCAAACGGUGAUGAGGCUUCUGCAAGUUCUUGUGCCACAGGUUGAAAAGAUUUGCAUCGAUAAAGGUUUAACAGAUGAAAGCGAAAUCUUGAAAUUCCUGCAGCAUGGUACUUUGGUAGGAUUAUUACCUGUUCCUCAUCCAAUACUUAUUAGAAAAUAUCAGGCUAACGCUGGUACUAAUCAUUGGUUUCGAACGUAUCUGUGGGGCGUCAUUUAUUUAAGAAAUAUCGACCCGCCAAUUUGGUAUGAUACCGACGUUAAAUUGUUCGAAAUCCAGAAAACCUAA